GUUCAGUAUCAGGUGGUCACUGCCCUCAGCCGAGCAAAUACGCUGAGUGAGGCAGUGGCUGACAUUGGGCAGGACCUGGCCAGCUUCCAGGCCAUUCUUGCCAGUGCCUUCUCUGCCGCCGGUGUGGACGACAGCUCCCUAAUGCUGAACAGCUUCGGGGCCGUGUCGAUGCAG